AUGAAGCAGAAGAAGUACAAAGACGAACAACAAUAUAUCAGAACCGCCAGUGGGGAAGAUCUGGCCGAGAAUCCAUUCAUAGUAGUAGCCACCACCGCAACCGACUACAACUCCGUGGAAAGUCCCUCAGCGAUCGGCUUCAUCCGUCCUCCAUCGACUGUUACACCCACAUUAUCAGCAUACAACCGAUGGAUUCGUAUCAGGAAACACCGUGAACCACCUCCGCCGUUGCAUCAAAUUCACUUCUCCGCGUCAAUUUCCCCUUUACGACUGUUCAUCCACCUCCGUGGAAAGUCCCUCAGCGAUCGGCUUCAUCCGUUGUCCGUCGACUCGUGGAAAGUCCCUCAGCGAUCGGCUUCAUCCGUCCUCCGUCGACUGUUACACCCACAUUAUCAGCAUACAACCGAUGGAUUCGUAUCAGGAAACACCAGCUUGGAUAACCUGCUAGAUCGAUCGGCGAUGGCUUUAGACAAAAGGCCAGAUGUUCGUGAUGCAUCUGGGAAGGCUGCUAGGUAUGCGUAG